CUCCAGACACCUCACACACACACACUCACAUACACACUCUACCUCCUCCAGCCCCACCGCCCCACCAUGGCCGCCUCCACCCUGUCCGUCUGCUCCAGCGACCUCAGCUAUGGCAGCCGGGUCUGCCAGCCCGGUGCCUGGGACUCCUGCCCUGAGUCCUCCUGGCAGGUGGACGACGGCCCAGAGAGCUGCUGCGAGCCCCCCUGCUGUGCCCCCAGCUGCUGCGCCCCAGCCCCCUGCCUGAGCCUCAUCUGCACCCCCGCCAGCUGUGUGUGCAGCCCCUGCCAGUCAGCCUGCACCAGCGCCUGCACACCCUCAUGCUGCCAGCAGUCUAGCUGCCAGCCCUCAUGCUGCACCUCCUCCCCCUGCCAGCAGGCCUGCUGCGUGCCCGUCUCCUGCACCCCCAUCUGCUGCAAGCCUGUGUGCUGUGUGCCCAUCUGCUGUGGGGCCUCGCCCUGCUCAGACUCCUCAUGCUGCCAGCAGUCUAGCUGCCAGCCCUCCUGCUGCACCUCCUCCUCCUGCCAGCAGGACUGCUGCGUGCCCGUCUGCUGCACACCCGUCUGCUCCAAGGCCACCCCCUGCCCAGCCCCCUCGUGCUGCCAGCCCAGCCCCUGCCCCCCGUCCUGCUGCAAACCCUCCUCCUGCGUGUCCCUCAUCUGCCGCCCCGUGUGCAGGCCCGCCUGCUGCGUGCCCGUCUCCUCCUGCUGCGGCCCCGCCUCCUGCCAGCCCAGCUGCUGCCGCCCGGCCUCCUGCGUGUCCCUGCUCUACCGCCCCACGUGCAAACCCUCCUCCUGUGUGUCCCUGCUCUGCCGCCCUGUGUGCUCCCGUGCAGCCCGUUGCGUCCCCGCCUCAGCCCAGAAGUCCUGCUGCUGACCAGGCGUGGCCCCCCACUCCUCCUAGGGCCAACUCUGACUUCGACCUGAAAUCUCUGGAGCCUUGAGCCCAUUCUGGGGUCUCCUUCUGUCCCAGAGCCACCCCCCAACCCCAGCAGGCUGGGCUGAGCCUUCACUGCCCGGCUGGCUCUCUGGACUGGCCCUGAGUUCUGUCCCAACCCAGGGUCUCACUCAGUGUCCUCUUCUCCAUCCUAACUGGAUAGCAGCUACUUUGUCCUCAUGUGAGUGGGGGACUCUCAUUCUGUUGACAAAUAAAGCCAUUGUCAGCCCCUC